UUCAACCUACAACAGUAAGGAAGGAGCUAAAGUACGCUUAUUACUCUCUCAUCUCACCACAGCCGACGCCACCCCUCUUCUCCGACCGACGAGAACCUCUCUUCUUGCUCCAGCAGUGGAAAACCCUAAGUUAUUAUCAGAUGGGAGAGUCAAAAGAGAUUGACGAACUUCCCAAAGGAAAGCCUCCUUCUGAAGAGGAAAUUGGUGAUGAGAUGGAUUUGAAGUUAAAAAAGUAUCUUCGAGGGGCAAGUGUUAAUUUAGAGGGUCUGAAAGAUAAAAAACUUAAGGGCCAACUUGCUGUUAGAGAAGAUUUAUUUGGAAAAUCUGCAAAAGCUGCUGCCAAAGCGGAGAAGUGGCUUAUGCCUAAUGAAGGGGGUUAUUUAGAGGCUGAAGGAAUGGAGAAGACUUGGGGAAUUCGACAAGAGGCAAUUGUAAAAGAAGUUGAUAUCUUGAGUUCAAAGAAUCAGUAUGAUAUCGUCUUACCAGAACUUGCUCCGUAUACAUUGGAUUUUGCAUCCAGUGGUCGCUAUAUGGCAGUUGCUGGUCGUAAGGGGCAUUUGGCCAUUAUGGAUAUGAAUAAGUUGGCACUCAUUAAAGAAAUGCAGGUUAGAGAAACGGUUCGUGAUGUUGUGUUUUUGCACAAUGAGCUAUUCUUUGCUGCUGCCCAGAAGAAGUACACUUACAUUUAUAACCGAGAGGGUACAGAGCUUCAUUGUCUCAAGGAGCAUGGUCCAGUUUUGAAGCUACAAUUUCUGAAGAACCAUUUUCUUUUGGCCUCCCUUAACAAAUUCGGCCAGCUUCAUUAUCAAGACGUUACUACUGGUGAGAUGAUUGGAAAUUACAAAACAGGGCUUGGUCGCUCUAAUGUAAUGCAGGCCAAUCCUUACAACAGUGUCCUCUCUGUCGGUCAUUCUAACGGUACAGUUACCAUGUGGAAACCGACUUGUGCCACACCCUUAGUCAAGAUGUUGUGCCAUCAAGGCCCGGUUACAGCUCUUGCAUUUCACUCUCACGGCCAUCUCAUGGCAACCUCUGGCAUGGAGCGGAAAAUAAAGAUUUGGGAUUUGCGGAAAUUCGAGGUUCUCCAAACCCUGCCCUCCACACAUGCAAAGACAUUGGAUUUCAGCCAGAAAGGCUUGCUUGCCGCAGCCACUGGAUCUUUUGUACAGGUUUUUGGGGAUUUCUCAGGAACUCAAAACUAUAGCCGUUAUAUGACUCAUUCUAUGGUAAAGGGGUAUCAAGUUGGGAAGGUAUUGUUUCGACCCUACGAGGAUGUGUUGGGUUUAGGUCAUUCGGCGGGUUGGUCCUCUAUUCUUAUCCCGGGUUCAGGAGAGCCCAAUUUCGAUUCUUGGGUGGCGAAUCCGUUUGAAACAUCGAAACAGAGGAGGGAGAAGGAAAUUCGCACUCUUCUCGAUAAGCUACCGCCUGAGACCAUCAUGCUUGAUCCUAACGUGGUGGGUAAUGUGAAAACCAUGAGGAAAAAAGAGAAGCCAACGAAGAAGGAGAGAGCGGAGGAGAUGGAAGCUGCGGUUGAAACUGCAAAGGGGGUGAGGAUGAAAAAGAAGACUAAAGGUAGGAAUAAACCAAGUAAACAGGCCAAGAAGAGGGAGGAAUUGGUUGUGAAAGCCAAGAGACCUUUCAUGGAAGAGAAGGUUGAGGGCGCGAAAAGGCGUAAGAUGGGUGAUGAAAGUGAACUUCCGAAAUCAUUGCAGAGGUUUGCCCGAAAGAAAUCAGAUUCAUGAUCAUAUCUCCAUUCUUCUAAAGUCGAAACUGACAAAUUAUCCAGGUUGAAAAUUUUGUCCAAUGGCUUGUGUUUUUAGUUUGUAAAAUCUUCAGAAGUGGGAAAAUCUUUAUUUAUUACUUCCCGGGUUCACGAAUAAUAUUUCAUUUAACAAUUUGCUAGAGUGUAUUUUUUAAAGAAUAUUUUUCAAAUAGUUUAG